AUGAACGCGCGUCGAGAGACGGAGAAUCCACCGACCCGAAACCGAAUCUAUCCGACAGCUUGCGGGCUUCUCUCCUCCGCCAACGAUCGUACGGUCGACACUCCGUCUCGUCGAUCCGGUUCGCGGAAACCCGGAUGUAUCUUUCCCGAAGAAAAAGGCGUAGUAGUCGACGUGGCUCGAGACGACGAGCGCGAGGAUCCUCGCAGAAGGAAGAGCUCCGAGCUCAGAGGAACGUUCACACUGCAAGAACAUCCUCCCUGCGAAGAACAUGAAGCUGCUGGUGAUAUUCGUGGGUGUCCUCGGAUGCCCCACGGGUGGCCUCGGCGGAGCCUGUCCCGAACCUCCCGCCUUCACUCCUUUUCCCAGGCGGAACAGAGAUCGUCUCGUGCCGUGUAUCACUCGUCCCAGGACCCCAUCCCGCGCCUUCAAGCAUCCACCGUGGAAUCCCGCUCCGACUCGAGCUCGGGGGUGGACAGAGGUGAAGCCCCAUUCAACGUCCUCUUGCAGGUUUUUUGCCCCGCGACCGGCUGGCGGACGUGCACCGGUACCGUCAUCAACGAAGGCAACGUCCUCACCGCUGCUCACUGCCUCGUCGAUCGGCACGAAGCAUGUUCGGGUGGAUACGCAGUUGCAGGGAAGACGCGCGAUGGCAGCGCGAAACCCGGAUCUCGGGGGCAGACGAAACUCUUCGAGUCCUUCUCCUACCACGAAAAUUGGAACCCGAAUCGUCCGUCCGGCGGAUACGACAUCGCGAUCGUCUAUCCCUCGGGUGGGUUCGUCCUCGACGACUUCCUCCAGCCGAUCUGCAUUCCCGACUCCGACGGCGACGACAUCGGCGGAUGCAACAACUACAUCUUCGACUCGGAAGUCGCUCGCGAUCGUCGGGGAAUCGAGCUCCACGAGCGGAACGUCGAGCCUCGAUUCGCGGACCGAUCGGCUCUGCGUUUCGCCUCCGUGUCGACGAUUCAUCGCCGGAUCGACGAACGAGCAUCGCGAAGCGCUUCGAUGGCAGAGCGAACCGAAUCCUGGACGAAAUUUUGUAUUCGAUCCUGCCGAAAGGCUUCCCUUCGUUUCGUCGCGGUCUUACCUUUGCGACGGCGAAGACGAAUCCGUCGGAUCGUCGUUGCUGAUCGCAUGUUUCUUCCACUAAGAUCUCUCCCUGAGGAAGGUGUCGGCCAUCGUGCUCGGGUCUUGCUCAGCGCUCGGAGCCCUGCUGCCAGGGGACCAUCGCCUCUGCGUCCAGGAGAGCCAAGCCGGACGACGAUCGUGCCGAGUGAGAACUUCAUUCUCGUGUCGUCCUGCCUUCUUCUCGAUCUCGGGAGAAACCCGGCACGAGUAUCGAAUUCGAGGAUCCAGGAAGGCGGCAGCUCGCCCCUGGUGACGGAAUACGACGGGAAAUUCUUCCAGACCGGGAUCGAGUCCUCGUGCUCGUCCGACACCGGCUCCGGCACCGGCUCCAUCCCCUUCACCAGGGUCUCCCGCUUCGCCGCGUGGAUCCGGGCCAACCUGAAAUGAAGAACUCCUCUUGCCUCCCGACGAUCCCUUCCACGCUCGGCCGAGGCUCUUCGAGUUUCGAGGAGAAACUCACUCUAUCAUUUUUGCACCUGCACGGAACCUUUCGCUCUCCCAUCUUUCGUCGUACAUGCAUCUUCCUGGUGCAAACAAUAAAGACUUCUCUCAUCCAAAAA